AAGUCAACUCAAAGCUCAUGAUUUGGUUCGUUUACUGAAAAUCCUCCCUUUCUAUACACACAAGAGGAUCCAGGCAAAUCUGGUGAUCACACUGAAAAUCCUCGCCGCCGUGGAACCUUGGCCGUAGUCGAGCCCCGUCGCCGCCGUGAUCACAGCCGGUGCUGCGGCCGCCGGAGCCGUGUUCCUUGCCUCUGUCAGCGCCGUCGCGGCCGCGUCUCAGGCACCGUGCCUCGUCGCGUCCGGCCACGAUGAUGCGCGUCUCGCCGCCACGGCCGAUCACAUGCCGUCACCUGACCGUCGCCGAACACCGCCGCUCGGUCGGGAGGUUGGACACACGGCGAGGUUUCUACCAACCGCGCGGAAAGGAUAAGAAGUCGCGCCAACUGCACGGCGCCCACACGGCCCACCCUUCUCGGCCCCAUCCCCUCCACACGUCACCGAAUCCAACGGACGCACGCAACCCGACGGCCAUGGCGUCCGCCGCCGCCUCGGCCGCCCCCGAGUCCGACCGCGCCGCCCUCGUCAAGGCCUUCGACGAGUCCCGCACCGGCGUCCGCGGCCUCGUCGAGUCCGGCGUCUCCACCGUCCCGGACCUCUUCGUCCACCCCGACCCCUACGCCUCCGUCCCGCUCGCUCCCCCCGGCGUCUCCAUCCCCGUCGUCGACCUCUCCCUCCCCGCGCCCGCCGCCGCCGCCGCCGCCGCCGCGGCCGCCCGCGACUGGGGCUUCUUCCACCUCGUCAACUACGAGGCCCUCGUCCCCUCCGACUACCCCGCGAGGGCCCUCGCCGCGGUGCGCGCCUUCAACGAGCUCCCCGCCCCCGAGCGCUCCGCGCACUACGGCCGGGCCAUGGGCGGCGGGGUCUCCUACUCCUCAAACGUGGACCUGUACCGCUCCGCCGCCGCGAGCUGGCGCGACACCAUCCAGGUGGGGUUCGGGCCUACGCGGCCCGACACGGAGCGCAUCCCGCCGGUGUGCCGCUCGGAGAUCGUCGAGUGGGAAGCGCACACCACCGCGGUGGCCCGCGCGGUGAUGGCGCUGCUCUCCGAGGGGCUCGGGCUCAGCGAGGCCGCUCUGGAGGAGGCCUCGUGCCUGGAGGGGAAGGUCAUGGUCUGCCAUUACUACCCGGUGUGCCCGGAGCCUGAGCGCACCAUGGGCUUAGUCCCGCACACCGACCCGGGCGUGCUCACCGUGCUUGCACAGGAUGGCGUAGGUGGACUGCAGGUGAAGCACACCAAUGAAGACGGGGAGAGCUACUGGGUGGACGCGAAACCUGUACCCGGCGCGCUUGUGAUCAAUGUUGGAGACCUCUUGCAGAUAAUGUCCAACGAUAAGUACACGAGUGUCGACCACAGGGUGGUGAUGAAUUCACGUGAAGAAGCCAGAGUUUCGAUUGCUGUCUUUUUCAAUCCUGGGAAGCGAGGGGAUUCGGUUUUUUAUGGACCGCUGCCAGACCUGGUUUCUGAAGAAAACCCACCGAAGUACAGGAGUUUCACGAUGUCUGAAUUUUUUGGGGCUUUCUUUAAACGAGACCUUGCUAGCAAAGCUCUACUUGAGAACUUCAAAUUGUAAGAUGGUCCAAACAUCACCACACAAUGUUUAAACUACCCCAAAGAAAAACAAUGUUCAAACUUAUGUACAUGCAAGUAUGUAACCAUCUCUGUGCAAAUGUCAUUCUGCGAGAGUGAAAUGCGAUUAUUCUACCUCA